AUGGAUAAAAAAGAAGAAUUAAUGCAGAUGAGAGAUACUUUGUCCUCAGUACAAAAGACAUUAUCAGAGAAAGAGACCGUUCUUCAAGAAAUUAAUGCUUGUUUAGCUGAGCAGAUUCUAAAAACAUCUAGCGAGUCUGAAAUGCUUGGAGCAUGCAUUCAUCAUCUUCGUAAUAGUAUCACUAAUCAUAUACAUCUUAUGAUUUUUGGAUAUUUACUUCCUAGAAGCAAAUAUACUAUUAUGCUUGUCUUUCCAGAUUCAGAGGUGCUCGCAAUUCCUAAUCUAAAUGGAGGUUUAGAAGCAAAUGGAUUCUGUUUUUUCAAAGAUUUAAUAAAUAUAACUGAAAAGUUGAUAUAG